AUGUUUGUCCAGCAAGUGCUCGUAGGCUGCCUGAUCCUGGUGGCUUUGACCCAAGCCCGUCCCCAAUACGGCUACGAACAGCCCAGCUCGGACAUCUUCAUCGGCGGUGGAUCCGCGCCCGUUGGUAGCGUGGGAAUCGGUGGCUCCUCCGGCGGCAGCGGUCUGGUCAGCAUCCAGCCACACCGUGGUGGCGACAAGUACCUGCCGCCGGCCAGCACCACCCUGGCGCCCAUCAUCAACAAGAAGUUCUAUCUGGUUUCCGCCCCCGAGGAUCACAGCAACGAUGGCAAGGUGAAGCAUCUGGUCUUGGGACGCCCGCAGAAGAACUACCGCGUGGUGUUCAUCAAGGCUCCAGCCGGCGAUAAUGCCAACGUGAAGUAUUCCGCCGAGUUUGCGCCACAGGAGGAGAAGACCGUCAUCUAUGUGCUCAGCAAGAAGGAUAACGAUGUGGACGCCAGUGAUAUUGCCACGCCCGCACCCACGCAGCCCAGCAAGCCGGAGGUCUUCUUCAUCAAGUACAAGACCGACGACGAGGCCAAGCAGGCGCAGCAGGAGAUCCAGGGACAGUACGACAAGCUGGGCGGCACCAACGAGUACCAGGAGGACAACAAUGCCCCCAUCACCUCGGUGAUCGGCAGCCUGGAUGGCCUGAAUCCCGAUGGCAGCUACAACUACCGCCAGAUCGCCAACCGCCCACCGGCAGUGGCGCCCAACUCCCAGUAUCUGCCCAGUUUGCUGAAGCACUAG